AUUUUUGAAACCUGUACCUUUCAGGCAAGCGGCGGUAUAACAUCAAACUGUGGAAGACCUUCACAGACUGUUUCAAUUGCUUACCUGUCGCGGCCAUUGUGGAUGAAAAGAUCUUCUGCUGCCAUGGAGGCUUGAGCCCCGACCUCCAGAGCAUGGAACAGAUCCGUCGCAUUAUGAGGCCUACCGACGUGCCAGACCAGGGCUUAUUGUGCGAUCUUUUGUGGUCAGAUCCAGACAAGGACACAAUGGGCUGGGGAGAAAAUGAUAGAGGUGUAUCCUUCACUUUUGGGGCAGAAGUAGUUGCUAAGUUCCUCCACAAGCAUGACUUUGACCUCAUCUGUCGAGCUCAUCAGGUUGUUGAAGAUGGUUACGAGUUCUUUGCCAAGCGACAACUAGUAACAUUAUUCUCAGCACCCAACUACUGUGGGAAUUUGACAAUGCAGUGCAAUGAUGUCUGUAGAUGAGACGCUUAUGUGUUCCUUCCAGAUACUUAAGCCAGCAGAUAAAAAGAAGUUCCCCUAUGGAGGAUUGAACACAGGGCGACCCGUAACGCCGCCGCGAGGAGCAGCCAA